AUGGGCCAAUGCUUUCUACUUCGUCGUAUCUUUGAUUUGUUAAAUUAUAAAUCGAAAACGACGGAUUUACACAAACAAUUUUUCGAAGUUGAUUGCGAUCAAGAAUUAUUUAAUGAUUUAGGAAUUCAUGAAAAUGAUAUAAAUGUUGAAAAAUCAAUAUUGAGAGGAUUUCCUUUAGAAGGAUCUCCCGAAGCGACCACAAAGUUAUCAUCAUUACCAACGGAAUGUCUCACACAGAUAUUUCAAAACGUAGGAACUUCUGGACUAUUCUCGUGUUUAUUGGUCUGUCGUGCAUGGUGUAGAAAAGUGGUACCUAUAUUAUGGUCAAAACCUUUUGAUAAAUUACCAAAAGAUUGUAAAUAUAAACUUAUUAGAACGUACAUCACAAGUCUUUCGACUGAAGAAAAAUCCUUCUUAAAUUUACAACUUAAGCAAUACGGGUUUAGAAUUCCAAACGCGACGCUUAGCUUAUUUAAUUACCCGAUAUAUUUAAAAGAAUUAUCAUACGUAGAAUUAUAUCAAGCCGUCGAUUCAGGGAUAAAAUAUUAUCGUAAAUCAUUCAUUGGACGUAAUACUUAUAAACUAACCUUCUUAAUAACGAAAUCAUUAUGUAAAACAUUUUUAACAAAGAAUAUUAAUGAUUCAUCAUAUAAUUUACAAUCAUUUAAUAUAGAUAAAUAUUUCAGACAAAUUGAUGAUAUCUUUCCCGAGAUUGACCUGUUUUCAAAGGCUCAAAGAUCUUUGCAAGAAUUUAAUUUAUCUGGUGCCAGGAUUGGGGCGAAUUUUAUCAUACCAAACCUUUUUUCUUUCCAUUGUAAUAGUUUGAUUUCGGUCCAGUUCAAAAAUGUUAAUUUUCAUAAGGUUAAUUUACAUUUGAUUGCUUCUUGUAAAAAAUUGGAGCACCUUACAAUUUAUCAUUGUACGGGCAUAACUAAAUCUAGUUUACCUUCAGCGAAUAACCUUUUAAAUGGCAAUUCAACUUAUUUUUAUGAUUAUAAUGGAAUGAGAUUGAAAUCAUUAAACAUUGGAUGUUCUCCGAAACGUUCACAAAUUCCGAAAAUAAUUCUUGAAUCUCCACUUACGGAAACGUGUCAAGAAUUAUGCCUGGAUUUAAUCACACCAGAAAUCAUUGACGCCACAAGACGCAAUUGUCAAAACGUUACCACUUUAAUACUCCGAGAUCAUUUUAUCAUCAAUGACGUUACCAAGGAAUCCUCUUUAAUAUAUAAUUUAUUUCAUGGAUUAUUAUUAGAAAGAUUGAUAAUUAUCAUUAGUCCAAGGAAUAGUGAUUAUGAUGAAUUAAAUGUUCGUGCUAUAGAUUUACCAUCUUGUUGUUGGUAUUUGGAAUUACGAUGUGGAUUUGCUGAAAGACAAUUUUAUGAUUUGUUAUUAAGUAAAGAAUGUGUUGCUCCGAUUAGCGUAUUAAUCUUGGAAUAUUUGAAAUUAAAUAUUGUUCAUCUAAUGACCGUGAGAGAUUUUGCAAUUAUGAAAGGAACAUUAAAAUAUUUUGAAAUUUGCGGAAGAAAAGAUUUUGAUAAAGACGAGUUGAAGGUGAUCAAAGAUUUACAAAAUGUAUAUAACGUUAAUGUUAAUUUUCACGAAAAUUAG